UCUCCGUGACGGGGAUCUGCUAUGGCUCCGCGUGUGGGUUCUUGUGUUUUGCAGUUUAUCGUGUCCAGCCACGCGAGGAAACUUCUCCACUCUCAACUUUCGCGACGUCGCCAAAUCCGUAGAUACGUAUAUAUCACGUGAUUUGACGUCGGCGCUACAGCAAGGCCGGUCCCGUCCACGCGCGAGCCUCGUCAUUACGCCAGUUCCAGCAUCGCCAGCUCCAACUUCAUCAUCGAUUAACGACAACCGAAUCCGCAGCACCAAUCCCCUUCGAGCCCUGGAUCUUUUUUUUUUCACCUCAUAA